AUGAAGGACGCCGUCAGUAACAUUUUAGAGCAAUUUAAUAAUCAUUUUGGUAAAUACCCGAAGUUCACCCAGUUUGAUCAAGGCACAGAGUUCUACAACAAAGAAGUAAAGUCAUUGCUCAAUAAACAUAACAUUGAGUUUUUCUCUACUUACUCAGACAAGAAGGCCGCAGUUGUGGAAAGAUUUAACAGAACACUGAAAGCUCUAAUGUGGAAGUACUUUUACAGUGCCAGUACAUAUAAAUGGUUUGACGUCCUUCAAGACUUAACUGAUAAUUACAACAGUUCAGUGAACAGAUCAAUUAAAACAACACCGGACAGCGUAAAUGAGUCCAAUUGA